CCACGACGUAAUCCGAAACUCCCUCCGAAAUCCGAACAACACAACACCAUCUCUCUCUCUCUCUCUCUCUCUCUCUAUCUCUUGACUCUCUUUAAUCUGAAUUUUUAUUUUUUAUUUUCUUAUAAAUCUUGUGAUGGUCGUAUAGCGGUGAUCUACUAAAAAGAAAAACCAAACCCUUCAUAGUUCACAGAUAUCAAAGCGCCGGGAAGACGCAGAGGAAGAAACAAAGAGUGUAAAUUAAUUAAGAUGGGGGAAACAGCUCACCACCAGCAGCCUCCACCACCACCACAGGUGGUUCCGCGGCCACCAGGGCCGACGCUUCCUCUCGGAGCGGCAAGGGGUCCAGCUUUUCCUCCCGCAGAGCAGCUUCAACAGCUUCACUAUUGCAUCCACUCCAACCCCUCUUGGCCGAUAACGUUUGUACUAGCUUUCCAGCACUAUAUUGUGAUGCUUGGAACCAUAGUUCUGAUUGCCAGUACACUUGUGCCUCGAAUGGGUGGGGACCAUGGUGAUAAAGCCCGCGUGAUCCAAACCUUGCUGUUUAUGGCAGGAUUAAACACACUACUUCAAACUUUUCUUGGAACGAGACUUCCAACAGUUAUGAGUGCCUCAUUUGCUUUCACCCUGCCCGUGUUGUCAAUUAUUAAGGACUCUUUCGAUAGGACCUUCACAGAUGAGCAUGAGAGGUUUCUUGUUAAUAUGAGAACUAUUCAAGGGUCCCUAAUUGUAUCUUCCUUUAUCAACAUCUUCCUUGGGUUCAGUAGGGUUUGGGGCAAUUUGACAAGAUUCUUUAGUCCUAUUGUUAUCGUACCAUUGGUUUCUGUGGUGGGUCUUGGUCUAUUUGCGAGGGGCUUCCCACUUCUUGGUAACUGUGUGGAGAUUGGCCUGCCCAUGCUCAUUCUUCUUGUCAUUUCCCAACAGUACUUGAAGCGCAUUCAUCCUAUGGCUGAUCGUGUACUUGAAAGGUUUGCUUUGCUUCUCUGCAUUGGUCUUGUCUGGGCUUUUGCUGCUAUCCUCACUGCUGCUGGUGCUUAUAACAAUGUUAAAGAGCAGACUAAAGUUAGUUGCCGUACAGAUCGCUCUUUUCUUAUGUCAUCUGCUCCCUGGAUUAAAAUUCCAUACCCAUUUCAGUGGGGUACUCCCAUAUUCAGAGCAAGCCAUGUUUUUGGGAUGAUGGGAGCAGCUCUUGUUACGUCUGCAGAGUCAACUGGAACAUUUUUCGCCGCAGCACGACUCUCAGGUGCCACACCCCCACCGGCACAUGUUUUUAACCGAAGUAUUGGUUUGCAGGGUAUUGGCAUGCUUCUUGAUGGAAUUUUUGGUGCUGUUGUGGGUACUACAGCAUCUGUUGAAAAUGUUGGCCUUCUUGGACUGACUCGCAUAGGUAGCAGAAGAGUGGUGCAAAUAUCAACUAUUUUCAUGAUCUUCUUCUCCAUAUUUGGGAAGUUUGGUGCAUUCUUUGCAUCUAUUCCUCUACCGAUAUUUGCUGCCAUAUACUGUGUUUUAUUUGGCAUAGUGGCUGCUAUUGGGAUUUCUUUCAUACAGUUUGCAAACAAUAACUCAAUGAGGAACAUGUACAUUUUGGGCCUUUCCCUGUUUCUUGGGAUAUCAAUACCUCAAUACUUUGUUAUGAACACCACUUCAGAUGGUCAUGGACCAGUUAGAACAGACAGUGGAUGGUUUGAUGACAUAAUAAACACAAUCUUCUCAUCACCCCCAACGGUUGCCUUGAUAGUGGGGACAGUGCUCGAUAACACGCUAGAAGCUAAAUAUGCAGCUGAUGACAGAGGAAUUCCAUGGUGGAGACCCUUCCAGCAUAGGAAGGGUGAUGCUAGAACCGACGAGUUUUACAGUUUACCUCUCAGGAUACAUGAGUAUAUCCCCACCCGAUUUUAUUGAUUCCAUAUCAACCCCCCAGUAUCCUCUUGUACAUUAACUUACAUUUAGCAGAAUUAUGUUGUUUUUAUGUGCAUGAUGGGUAUUUUAUAAUUAUGGCCUACAGACCAAAGAUGUGGUUUGGUGAACCUGGAGAGAUUUUUCCCAUUUUUGUCCCACAUGUAGGUUCCCCAUGCCUUAUCCAUUUUUCACAGAAUAUUUCCUAGCAAUACUGAUGGAAGUCAGUAGGCAAAUCUGCAUUUGCUGAGAUAAGGCCUUGUGAAUGAAAACGAAAAGGGUCGUCCUUUAUUAGUCUUAAAAUUAGUAGGAAUUAGCCAUUUUCCAUUUUGAACAUGGCGUUUAAGCUUAUAAG